AUGGAAGCUGGAUGUAUCACCGGUGAUCGGAUUAACGGCCUCGUCGACGGUGUCUGUGGUACUUGGUGGUGUUCAGGAAGCAGAGGGAGCGGCGAUGCUUUACUCUGGCAAUCGGAAUUGAGACUACAUGCCGGCGGAGAGUAUUCGAUCGCGGUGCUGCAAGUCUCCUCCGCUACUUACGUCGGAUUCUACGACGGCCAUGGUGGACCCGAAGCUUCUAACGUUGAGACCACACGCCGGCGGAGAGUAUUCGAUCGCGGUGCUGCAACGUUAUCUACUGAUCAUAACGUUGCUGUUGAAGAAGUGAGAAAGGAGGUUAAGGUUAUCUUCGAUGCUUACCUCAAACUCAUGGGUUCAUUGAAGAAGGAAGGAGAGAUGGAGCAGAUGGGAGACGAGUUUAUGGAGGCGAUAUUGUAUGUCAAUGGCGUUCGCAAAGUGUUACCUGAUGGCCUGGCUCAUAUGACACUUCUUGAAUACCUCAGAGGUUUAGGACUGACCGGGACAAAGCUGGGGUGCGGUGAAGGUGGUUGUGGGGCUUGCACGGUGAUGGUCUCUAAUUAUGACAGAACAUCAAACAAAUGCGUGUGCGUCUCUCUCGCUCUGUAUCUUAGUUCUUGA